CAUCACCGCCAUGUCCGCCGCUGCCUCGCGCGCCCUCGCGCCGCUGCUCAGCGUCGCCGCACCGCCGCUGCACGGCCUCGCGCGCCGCGUGCUGCUCGCCUACUUUGCACGCCUCACGCGCGGCUCGCUGUCGAUCACCGAGCACGGCCAGCCCGACGUGCGGCUGGGCGCCGACGCGCCGCAGGAGGGCGAUGCGCACGCCGUGCUGCGCGUGCGCCACGCGCGCUUCUGGACACGCAUGCUGCUCGGCGCCGACCUGGGCUUUGCCGAGGCGUACAUGACGGGCGACGUCGAGUGCGACGAGCUCGGCGAGGUCUUCCGCCUGUUCAUCCACAACCGCGAGGCGCUCGGCAACCUCGAGGUCGGCCUGCUGGCCAAUGCCAGUGCCUGGCUGCAGGCGCAGCUCAACCGCCGCUACGCCAACACGCGCGCCGGCAGCCUGAGCAACAUCGGCGCACACUACGACAUUUCGAACCAGAUGUACGAGGCCUUCCUCAGCGCCGACAUGACGUACUCGUGCGGCGUGUACCCGACGCUCGACGCCGACGUCGGCGCCGCGCGCCACGCCAGCGCCAAGCUCGCGCAGCUCACCAACGGCGCGCCGCGCAAGCCGCAGGGCAGCGGCGAGUUUGCCGACGACGGGCCCGGCGGGCCGACGCCGCCCGACGCCGAGGCGCGCAGCGACGACGGCAAGGCGGCCAAGGACGAGCUCGAGGCGGCACAGCUGACGAAGCUGCGCCUGCACAUCGAGCGCGCCGACAUCCGCAAGGGCCACCAUGUGCUCGAGAUCGGCACGGGCUGGGGCAGCUUUGCCAUGGAGGCCGUGCGGCGCACCGGCUGCACCGUCGAGAGCCUGACGCUGAGCGUCGAGCAAAAGGCGCUGGCCGAGGCGCGCAUCGCCAAGGCGGGCAUGAGCGGCAGCAUCAAGGUGCACCUGCUCGACUACCGAGACAUGCCGGCGUCGUGGAACGACAGCUUCGACCGCGUCGUGAGCAUCGAGAUGCUCGAGGCCGUCGGCAUCGAGUUCCUGCCGACGUACUUUGAGAACGUGUCGCGCGUGCUCAAGGCGCAGGGCGGCGCCGCGUGCUUCCAGUGCAUCACGAUGCCCGAGUCGCGCUUCGAGGCGUACGCGGCGGGCGUCGACUUUAUCAAGAAGUGGAUCUUCCCCGGCGGCGUGCUGCCGUCGGUGACGGCGCUCAUCGACGCUGCGACGCGCGGCAGCAAGGGCACGCUGCAGCUCGACGCCGCGCUCUCCAUCGGGCCGCACUACGCGCGCACGCUGCGCGAGUGGCGGCAGCGCUUCGACGCCGCGUUCGACGAGCACGUGCGGCCGGCGCUGCUCAGCGACCACAAGGCAAUCCGCGAGCUGCCGGCCGAGGCGCAGGCGCGCGAGGUCGAGGUGUUCCGGAAAAAGUGGACGUACUACUUUGUGUACUGCGAGGUGGGCUUCACAGAACGCGUCAUUGGCGACCACAUCCUCUCCUUUACGCGCGAGGGCAACACGAGCCUGCCGACGUGCUGCGGCUGAGCGCCGGGCGGGUCUGCUGUCGAUACCCUACUCUCUUCCUCCUGCCGCUGCGCUCUCGCGGCUCACGGCAACGCUCCUUUGCCCUGCUCCCAAUCCGUGCGCCUGCCUUGCCCUCCUCUGCGCCCUCGCCCGCCCGCUGUUACGCAAUUCGACGUGCAUCUUCUCCGACU